CUUUAGCAGGUCGCUAUGAAAUGGGAGAAGCUGAAGCCUCCAGAGCCAGAUGAUCCCAUGUGUUGCUGUGAAUGUGACAUCUACCAGUACAGGUGUUGCUGUGACUGUCAAGAUCUGGAUGAAGAGUUCAAUAGGUGGCUGAAGGAGAAACCACCUUCAUGUGGGCUCCAGUCUCCUGUGCUUAGGACCAUGAUCAACCACCUGGAGAUCUCCAUGAUCCCGGCUCUGCUGCUGCUGCCUCUCCUGCUGAAAGCUGCAUCGCUGCACUAUCUGCUCGGUAUCACCAUCCUCACUGCUCUGCCGGUCCUGGUGCUGUCUUACUACUACGCCACCCAUCAAAGGAAGAGGCGCACCCUCUUCUUCCUCACCCUUGCCCUCUACUCCCUGGCCUACAUGUAUUAUCUCUUCAUUGUGGAGAUUUUACCCCGCGGGGAUGUCAGCCCACUGCAGACGUGUGCUGUGACCACUGGGAUGAUUCUCACUAUAGUUUCACUCAUUUACACUAAGAGAGGUCCAGGAUUUGUCUCUGCCUCUCACCAUGAAGCAAACCAUCAGAGAAUGGACACAGAAGAUGACGCUACUCAUUCUGAUGGAUUUAUCCAGGCAACAGACACAGAACAGACAAGAAAAUAUCCCCCAACAACAAAAUGGAACUUGUGUCCUGUGUGCAAAAUAAUGCGACCCCCGCGUGCUGGACAUUGCAGAACAUGUGGAUCGUGUGUUCUGCGUCUGGACCACCACUGCAUCUGGAUAAACAGUUGUGUGGGACAAGCAAACCACCGCAGCUUCCUGCAGACCCUCUGUGUGUUUGUGCUGACCUCCGUCUACGGGAUCGGUUUGGUGCUCCGCAGCCUCUGUCCUCAUCAGUAUCUGAUGACGGCCCUUUUCUACUGCCCCGGCGUCUACAGCCAGCCCAGCACAGCCCUUUGCUUCACCUGCUGCUGGUACAGCAGCAUAAUCACAGUCGGACUGCUCUACCUUCUGGUGGCGCAGGUUCUGAACAUCAGCUUCAACGUGACGGGACGGGAAGCUCAGCUGGCUCUGAGGAACAAGAAGGGUCACAGCCGCCUGUGGGGGCUUGUCAUCGACACCGGAGAGUAUUCACGUGGCUUCUAUCAGAACUGGGCUGAGUUUCUCACAAUGGCAGACUCCUCUGCAAGAGGGAAGUGGCACUUGAUUGGAUUCGCUUCCAACAGCAUGUGGUUCGUCAACACCAAAGGCAAAAUGAAAAUGGGCUUUUGCACGCUAGAACCAACUGCAGAGGGAGACAUGGAUAUAUCAUGUUCCAGACUUGACGCCAAUGGUUCUUGCAGGAGAAGGAGCUACCGAGUCAAGAAGACUGACGUGCCUGGGAAGUUUACAUAUUUCAGUACGCGUGGGCGCACUAUGAAGGACGUGAUUAUGGUGGACAUCAAGUAUGAUGAGUAUGCAAUGAUUUACAACAUGAAGAAGGAUCUAGAGGCCACCAAAAUCGUCCAACUUUAUGGCCGUAAAGAUGCAGUCAGUGCCAAAGUGAAGGAGAAAUUCAGACAGCUCGCCUUGGAUGCUGGCGUUCUGGCUGAAAACAUUGUUCUCCUUCCUAAAACCGCUGAGUGCCCACCUGCCUGAUUUCCUCCUCUACUCAUCAUGUCGGUGAUUCAAGCUGGAGAUCAUUUCCUUUGCUGUGGAAAUAUUACUCUAUCAAAGCUACUGGCUAAAACAUCAUGUUGUUGCUUUGCUUUGCAACGAAUCCACUGUUCCAUUUACCUGAGCACCAUAACUGAGUUCUACUAGCAAAAUAAAAGAAACGGCUAAAAUA